AUGCUGCAGCAAGCCCUAGUGACUCACCAGAACCGGUUGAGACAAGGCGAGAGUUCAGCACCGCCGAGCGAAAGCAACGAGUCGUCCCCUCCGAGCGCCCACACCUGGCGAGGUAGUGAUAGGGGACAGGAGCGUCAGAAUGACGGCGGCAGGGUUCUACACCAACAAGGACAGACUCGACCUCGUCAGAAGCGACGCCCUUACCGUCAGAGCCGUCAACACGGGAGCAAUGCGCAAUCCAAGACGGAUCAGCUACUGCAGAAACAGCAAAAAUUGCUGGAUAGAUAUGAGCAGCGGCUGCAACACCUUCAGCGGCAGGCAGAGAGACCUCGAGGAGGUCCGACCACUAUUUCUCCAGAUCAGGGCCAAGAGGAGAGUAUUAGUACCAGUCAGCCGCCGGAGCCAGUUGGGGAAAAUGAACGUUUAGAGUUCAGGAUUCCAGGCAGUGCGGCUAGAUACGGAGUCGGAUACCAAGCCCCAGCCCAAGGGAUGGGACCUCAAGACUCAGAUACACCACGGGCAGCGAUCUCCCUACAAGAUUCUGCACAUGCGCAGCAAAGAGCAGCACAAGACCCUCAUGGGCCGGAGGCGCUGGAUAACCGUCGUGAUCGAUUAUCCGAGACGGUUCAUUCUCAGCAACAGAAUCGACGAUUCGAGGCGGAGGCACUACGAGACUCGAUAACCGAACACACGGUGUUAUCGACCCCUACGACACAGGUAUCCUCACCAACGGCUGGUGACAAGGUGACCCCUCCGAGACCGGAAUGUAUUGCGGCGGAUCGCCAAGCGCUUCAUGCACGGAUGCUCCGACUAUCGGAAGAAUUGUGCAGAGCGGUUGAGGCAGACGAGCCAUUCUCAUACUCUACGAGUGGCUUGCAAAAAUACUAA